AUGGAUGCCUUGGGCGAUGGGAACCACACUUCAACGACAGGGUUCAUUUUAUUGGGCUUAACUAAUGACCCGAUCCUUCGAAUCAUUCUCUUCAUGAUCAUACUGUGUAUCUACCUGGUGACCAUAUCUGGCAAUCUCAGCGCGAUCAUUCUUAUCAGAAUCUCUUCUCAGCUCCAUCAUCCUAUGUAUUUUUUUCUGAGCCACUUGGCUUUGGCUGACAUAGGCUAUUCAUCAUCUGUCACACCCAAUAUGCUCGUAAACUUCCUGGUGGGAAGAAAUACCAUCUCCUAUUUUGGAUGUGCCACCCAGCUUGGUUCAGUUGUUUUCUUUGGGACAGCUGAGUUCUUCCUCCUGGCUGCCAUGGCAUAUGAUCGCUUUGUGGCAAUUUGCAGCCCACUGCUUUAUUCCACCAAAAUGUCCACAGAAGUUUGUGUCCAGUUACUUGUAGUGGCUUAUAUAGGUGGUUUUCUCAAUGCUUGCUCUUUUACUAUUUGCUUUUAUUCUUUAGUCUUUUGUGGACCAAAUCGAGUCAAUCAUUUUUUCUGUGAUUUUGCUCCUUUAGUUGAACUCUCCUGUUCUGAUAUCAGUAUUCCUGCAGUUGUCCCCUCAGUUACUGCUGGCUCCGUCACUGUAGCCACAGUGUUUGUCAUAGUCAUCUCCUACAUCUACAUCCUUAUCACAAUCCUGAAGAUGCGCUCCACCGAAGGGCGCCACAAGGCCUUCUCCACCUGUACCUCUCACCUCACAGUGGUCACUCUGUUCUAUGGGACCAUCACAUACAUUUAUGUGGUGCCCAAGUCCAGCUACUCAACUGACCAGAACAAGGUUGUGUCCGUGUUCUACAUGGUAGUGAUCCCCACGUUGAACCCCCUCAUCUACAGCCUCAGGAACAAUGAGAUUAAGGGGGCUCUGAAGAGAGAGCUUGCUAGAAAAAUAUUUUCUUAA